GCGCUGUUUGUGUUCAAACGUUCCAGCGGGAGGGUGGGGCGAAGAGGAGGUCAUUUGGGAAGGAGGGGGAAAACCGACGUCAGUGUGUCGUGUGGACGGACAGCCCGGGUGUACGAUGGUGCCCUCGCGGUGCGUGAAGAGCGAGUACAUGAAGCGCUUCAAGGAGCCCAAGUGGGAGGCGUGCGGCCCCUGCUACCAGGAGCUGCUGCGUUACCGGCUCAGCCGCCGCCUCUUAGAACAGGCGCACCGGCCCUGGUUCUGGGACGGGUGGGAGCCCGACAGCGGAGGAGGAGGAGGAGGAGGAGGAGGAGGAGGAAGCAGCAGCAGCCGAGGCAGCAGCAGCAGCAGCAACGGGAGCGCGCCCUCGCCCAUUGCAGCCCCGCCAUUGCAGGGAGAGGAAGGGCCGGAGGAGGAGGAGGAGGGGAACGCUGCCCCUGAGCUGCCCCUGCGAGAAGAGCCCGAAGAAGAAGAGCAAGAGAAAACUGAAGCAGACAAGAAAUCUGCAGCAAAAAGAACGGACAAACCCAAAGGGCAACAGCAAGAGCCACCUGCAAGUCGUAGUGCUGUGGGUGCCCGAGGUGACAGAAGGCGGGCAAAAAGUCCUCAGAGAACAGAAACAACAAAGGAGUUGAGGCACCCAUUUGCUUUAUAUGGCUGGGGAGAAAAACAGACAGACACAGGGAAUCAGAAAACACACAACGUCUGUGCAUCUGCUUCACAGAAUGAAAUCCACGAAUCUGCAUUAAGAGCAAAGAACAGAAGGCAAGUGGAAAAAAGGAAGAUGCCUCAGAGACAGAUUCGCUCAGCAGACGUCGAGAAAACCUGGAGAAUGAAAUCUUCUGGAGCAGACAACCCCUGGAUGACUGAAUACAUGAGGUGCUAUUCAGCACGAACUCGGUGAUUCGAAAACUUGGCUGGACCCAUCUUUUUAAGAAACAAAAUUCAAGAAACAGAGUUGGAAGACAACUAGGACACUGCAUCAAAAUACCAGACUGCGUAUACAGGGUUUCUGCUAAUGUUUUUAAAUAGGUAUUAUGGGACCCUUGUUUGUGUUUUGGCUACUUCUCUCAACGACAGAGGGGAGAAUUGGCUCCAGCCUGAGAGUUGCUGUUUGGCAGUAGAGACCCUGUACUGCUUUUUUCCAAAAAGAAGAGCGAUGUCUUCUGAUGACCUUCAAGUGGCAAGCCAUAGAAGGUUGUACAAGGAACCCAUUUUUGAAAUGAAAGAACUCAAAAAGAAAUUUUGAUAGGUAUUUAGCCCACCCUCUAAUGUUAAAACUUGUCAGCUCCAAUCUGUGGAAAAUUAAUUUUCUUGUAAGGCAAGCGGAGAGUUAGACUUCAUUGCAAUUUUCUCAGGAUUGGCAGCCAGGAGCCUUUGUAAAUCAGGAUGCUGUGA